CAAGAAUGUGUAAAAUGACCCGCACGUUAGAAACCGCUGGCGCAGGAACAUUUAGUGAAUCGGUGAUGAAUAUCUGAAAGCUAUUCCGAGAACAGGAGCAAUCUAUUGACAAUUGUGUCUCUCGGCCGGCAUUUCCUCCAGACCUGCACUUUGCUCAACCUGUUUACGAUAGACAUAUUUCUUUAUUCCGUUUAAAUCAAUAGCAAUAGAUGAACAAAGACGAGAGAAGAUUCAGAGCGUGAGAGUUUCGAGUUCCGGAUCCCGCCUCGAAGCACCAUGAAGCACCUCGUCGCCCUCGCCGUCUGGUGCAUCGUCCUGGCGGCGGCCCUCGCCACGUCCUCCGGCAAGAGGCAGCCCGGACACGCGUCCCCUUCCGACCGCCGCCCCACGCUCUACAGGCACGCCCUUGGGAGACGCCUCAGGAGCGGCUCCGCCGAGGCAAGGGCGGCCGACCAGGAUGCCGUGUUGGCCAUGCUCCUGCAGAGCACCAACACCUCGGUAGAGGAGAGCAUCGAGGCCGACGAGAAGCCGCACCGGCCCAGACACUCCUCGGGCGCGGCAGCGAAGACCUCGUCAGCCCUCGAACACGCCCUCGGCGUCAGCAGCAGCAUGAGCAAAAGGUCGUCGACCUCGCCGACGCCGCCUCCCUCGUCGGAGUUGGGCAACAAGUGCGCCUCGGAGAAGGCUGCAGGCACGAUGCGCACGGGGCCCGGCGAGCCCGACCGCGUGAUCGACAUCGCCGUCAUCACGCCCUGCAACGCCACCAACCAGUUCUCGCGGCUGCGGGUGAUGCCCGUGGUGGAGCUGGCCGUGCGGCACCUGCGGCGGACGGGCCUCAGGGGGCCGCUCGCCAAUUACACCAUCAACGUCAGGUACAGAGACUCCUUCUCGUCCUCCACCUACGGCCCGCUGGCGGCCGUCGACCUCUACUUCAACAACGCCGCAGACGUGUUCCUGGGCCCCGUCGACGACUACGUUCUGGCUCCCGUCGCUAGGUUCUCCGGGGUGUGGAAGGUCCCUGUGCUCACGCCAGGAGGUCGACCCAAGGCUUUCGACACCCGCACGCUGUACCCGCUUCUGAUCCGCCUCAAGGGGUUCUACGCCGAGAUCGGCCGUUUGUUUUCCUCCCUGGUGAGAGAAUGGGACUGGAGCGUCUUGGGUCUCCUAUACCAAGAGGGAGACGAGGUCAAAGGUCACUCCAUGUGUUACUUCCCCGUGGCUUCCAUCUACACAACGUUCACCAACAAGCCAUCUACGGAGAAGUUUAACAACACCAAUACUAACUUCACGGAGAUCUUACUUCGCUUCCAGAGCAAUUCAAGGAAGUGCACCCUCCGUUGGCGCUUCAGUGCAGAAUUCCUAACUAACAGGCUUGACAAACGGUUCCGUGUUGUUUUUACUGAAUUUAAUGAGUUUAGAAAUCAGUAA